AGAAUACCUAACCGACCCACCACCUUCCCUUACCUUCCCUUCCCUUCCCUUCCCUUCCCAAACGAAGCUUCCUAUUCAACAACUCUCAAAUUUGUUUAUACGUUGUUUUCUUCGAUUAAAUUAAAUUUCUUUUGACUUUCUUCUCCAAAUUCCCCUGUUUCCUCCCUCUUUCAAACCCCACUAACGCGCAAAACAGAGCUUCUUCAAAUACCCCGAAUUCAACAAUCGAACUCCAUCGAACAACUAUCACAAAAUUCAUUCACAACUCACAACAGUCACCAACAAAAUGAAUUUUGGUCUCUACAACGUUUCCAUGGACGACAAAUCAACCCCACAAAACCCCUCUUUCCGAUUCCUCAUAAUCAUCGACUUCCUCCGUUUUCAAAACCUUGCCUCUUGGCUCUGUUCCUUCGCCUCCACAAAGCUAAAACAGAGUACUCUUCCGGCGUCCUCAAAAUCGGUGGAAUCCAGCGCCGGGGAGCGGGAGCGGCUGGUGAGUACAGAGGAGAUGAAAUGGGUUAUGGGGAAUUUAGGGAUGGAUUGUAGCGAAGGGUCCUCUGUUCCUUUGUUUGGUUCAGCGGAAGAAGUGGCAGAGAUGUUCGAUCAAACGGCAGCUAGUGCGGCGGAGGUGAAACAAGCUUUUGAUGUGUUUGAUAUUAAUGCCGAUGGGUUUAUCGACGUUGAAGAAUUGCAGAGAGUGAUGUGUGUUUUGGGAUUCAAAGAAGGAGAAGGGAUUGAGAAUUGCGAGAAGAUGAUUAGUAAGUUUGAUUAUAACAAAGAUGGGAGAAUUGAUUUUGAAGAAUUUGUUAAAUUGAUGGAGGCUGUGGUUUGAUUGUAAUUGAAAAGAUUGAAUUUUUUUAUUUAUUGAAUUGAUGUUUGUUGUGUGGUCGAAAAUGAAGCCUUUUGCCCUUUUGUGGUGUGUUCUUUGGGGUGUUUUUUUGGGUAAAUGGAAUUGAAACUUUGGCCCAUUAUAUUUCAUGACCAUGUAAUUUUCAUAUCUAUAUUACAAUGUUCACAUAUAUUUAUA